AUGAAGCUUUCUUCGUCUUUCGCUGCUCUUGCGACGCUCGUCUCGCUCGCCACGGCCUCGCCUGCCGUCACUCCCGCAACACCUGCUGGCGCCGUCUACUUCAUCUCCAACCACCCAUCAGUCAACUACGUUCUUGCCGCACAGAUUGGCCAGGACGGUCUCUUGUCGAACGUUGUGCCCACAUACGCUCAGGGCAAUGGCUCGCAGGGUCUCCCCAUCCAAGCUAUCGCGCUCUUCUCGCAGGGCCCCGUCGCAGUGAACCAGGAGACUGGCCGCCUUGCCGCCGUCAACGCCGGCACGAACACCGUCCAGCUGUUCGACAUCGACCCGCUCCAGCCGACUUCGUUGACGGCUAUCGGUGACCCGGUCUCCUCGGGCGGUGACUUCCCCGUCUCUGUUGCCAUCGACAACGCUGGUCAGCGUCUGUGCGUGCUCAACGGUGGGCUCGAGCACAACGUUCAGUGCUUCUUGAUCGACGACGCCGGCGCUCUCACCGCUACCUCCCAGGGUGAGAUGAUCACCUACAACCAGACUGCCAACCCGCCUACCGGUCCCGCCGGCACGCUCUCCACCGUCGUCUUCUCGCCCGACCAGGAGGCCGUCAUGGCUUUCGGUAAGGGUGUCCGUGAUGACCAGCUGGUCUUCGACAACGACUACCCCGGCUACCUCCGCGUCUGGCCCAUCUCCAACAACGGUACCCUCGGCGCCGAGCCCUUCCAGAUCGACAUGGUUCCCCCGACUGGUGGCUGGCCGUUCUCGCUGUCUCAGAUUCCCCACCGCAACGCGUUCGUCGGCUCGGACGUCGUCGCUGGCGGUGCCAUCGUCGUAGACAUGCAACUCGGCAUUGCCAACACGCAGAUCACGCCCCUCGUUCUCCCCAGCAACGUCGGCAAUUGCUGGUCCGUCACCGCGCCCAAGGCCGGCACGUACUUCAUCUCGGACACGGACAACAACCUCGUCAACGAGGUGCAGCUCAACGGCAAGCUUGAGCCGUCUCUGCUCCGCCAGUACAAUGUCUCUGGCUUGAGCCCGAACGAGGCGGUCGUCGGCGAGGUCAACGGCGUCGAGUACAUGUGGAUGCUGAUGAACGGCGGCGCGUCGUUCGGUACUUGGGUCAUCAACGGCCCCGGUGACGCUGAGCUUGUGCAGCUGCUCGACGUGAGGAUUCCAGCACAGGAGGAGGGUGUUGAUGCUGCUGCUCUUGACGAGCUCGCGUUCGCCGGCAUGGGUCUCUACCUCUCGCAAUGA